AUGUGCUCUAUCGGUGAUCUCGUCCACUGUCCUGUACGAUCUGUGCGGCAUUUACCCGAUUCGGCUCCGGCUCUGUCGAUCACCUACUCGUACUUUGCGACGCGACGCGUUCUCCCGUGUAGAGCUUUCGUCAUUCCUAGCAACCACCUCCCUUUGUGAACUUCGACCGCAAGGGAUAGUAUUCCGAGCCGUAUAGCAAUUCAAGCAGACGUCGUCAUAAGCACAAGGUCAAUUCAAGCCGUCUUACGAGACACCAGUCUCAUCGCAAUAGCCAAGAACGGAGAUCACCCAGCCCCUCAUCGAUACGAUAACCCUCGCCAUUACUCGUGUACAGUAACACCUUCUCUUCUCCGAGGACUGAAACUGCCCUUUAGGGUUCGAGGGUUCGAAUUGGUCUACAAGUAUAUCCAUCAUAUCAUGGACAUGAAGGUGGAUAACGAGGUGGAUGGAAAGAUACCUACAACGGCAAUACCGGUCUAUCAGGCUCAAGAUCAAGAUCAAGAUCAAGAUCAGCAUUGGACGAGCGAUAUGACGCAUCCUGAAUCGACAGGGGUGUCAGCGUCGGAAGGAGGCUCGGCGGGUCGGGAUUUGGGAUCGGAUCCGGAAGCGAAAGAAGGAGAGCGAUACAACGGUGUCGAGACAGGGGAUGGAGGUGGUGGAGAUGCAGAUGGUAAUGGAAGAGCAGGAGAUACAGAUGCAGAUACAGAUGGAAGAGCAGGAGAUAUACAUGAUCAUCAUGGUCUUCCACCACCACCACCACCAGCAACAACAUCAGCAAGAACGUCGGGGACGAUGACAACUUCGUCGGGAUCACCAUCAUCACUAUUAUUGCCAGCAACAUUACCAAAUCCCGACCCGGCUUCAUUGACAAUAUCAACAACAACGACCGCAAAUUUAAAUUCAGGUUCAAGUUCGGAUCCGAAUUCCAGUUCGAAUUCGAACUCGCGUCCGAGGUUAGGACCAGCACCGGGAUUAGGCUUAGGCGUGCCUUUCGAGUUGAAGGUACCUAAUAAUAUCGAGGAGGAGGAUGAAUCGGAAUUGGAUUCGAACUCGAGGUCCAAGUCAAAGUCGAGAGCUCGAUCGGGUUCACGAUCACCAUCUGCUUCACCAUCACCAACACCAUCGGGAUCAGGAUCGCAAUCGCGAUCGCAAGAAGAUGAUCCUACCAGGUCGAGGUCGAGAUCAACGUCGAUCUCGAGAUCGCCAACACCUUCACCUACGCUAGUCGCUCGUGAUGACACGAGACUACAAUCGGAUGGACGAGCUGCGAUGUCGAACACGGCGGGCGGUGCGAUUGCGAUGCCUAUGAACGUGGAGGUGGAGGUUCCUGAAGAUAAGAACCAGGAGUCGGGAGAAGGACAGUCAGGAGAACCGGGACAGGGGGUGGAUAUGGGCAGGUUGAUGAAUAGUAUCGAGAUUACCAAGCGCGCGACGUUUUUGCGACAACGACUGAGUUCGUUAGGAAGCCGGCCGACCGGAUUUCGACCCGUCUCCACCUCGGUGGAAGAUAGACCCGAUAACCCGUUCUCCUCCCCACCUUCUUCUCCGCCUCUACAUACCCCACAGGUGAAUACGAACGGCUUGCAAUGGAGGGAGAGGAAAGUACCCGCCUCGCCCGCUUCUCCCUCGGUCGGGCUCAAACUCCAAUCCGAGGCUUGGAGCAGGGAGGUCCCGAGGACGCCGAUCACACCGGGGAGGAAACGAAAGUUGGAUUACGAGAGCACGCCGUUUAGGUCUCCAGGGGAUCUGAUGGCCUUGACUUUGGAGUCGCCAGGGAGGAAAGGAAGGGAUGAUGCAGGGGAAGAGUUGGCGAACGAGGCCGGGGGUAGUAAGCGAAGAGGUAAGACGUGGGUCCAGGUUCAGCCUGGGUCUGGGUCCGGGGUGAGGUUGCGGUCGCCGGCGAGGCGGUCGGCUGCGGAUGGAGCGGAUGGGGGGCUGAAAACCGGGAGACGGGCGAGUAUGGGAACGGGGCCUAGGUUGGGGAUCGCCUUGCCCCGACGUGCGGUCGAUGGGGACAAGCAAGCGUCGACGCAGAUACAGACGGCGGAGCAGUAUCCGGUACAGAUGCAACCUCGACGGGUGAUGGGGAUCGAGGGGUAUUUGGCGGAUCGGUAUGGGGAUGUCAUGGGAGGCUCGAGGUAUCCGCCGCCGUUACCGACACCUCAGGCGUCUUCUUCGACGUCCGCGAGCUCGUCGGCUUUGCAUCGUGAUGCCGAUACAGAAAUCAAAUCGGGCCAGGGCCAUAAACGCCGGACGUCGACGGGCGUGGUCACCUCGUCAACAACGGCGCCGUCGGGGUCGGACAACCGAUACGUCUCGUUCAUGACCGGCAAGAAACCGAGGAGCGCGAGUCAUUCGGUCUUGCGACGACCCGUAUUGCCGGGGAAUCGCACCGGCGAGAUGACCGAGGCUGCCAACGUCUUGACGGGGAUGCUCGGCGGGUCGCCUUUGAGGCAAUCGACGGCGAGUCCGGUUCGACCAGAGAGGUCGUCCAAGCCGUACACCAGGUCGAAUGGCGAUGAGCUGGGUUUCCGCGUGCCAUCUGCGAGAACAAGGUCGGGCUCGCCGGGUGAGCAAUCGCCGCCACCUCUGUUGGCUUCGGGACAGAUCACGCCGCCGAAACAGAUCUCCAGGCUACCGCGCGUACGGCAUACAGACGGAGCGCAAGCCCGGUCCGGCGACGACGAUGACGACCAGCGCGCUGCCGAAUUGAUGAUCUUCCUCGCUCAAAGUCCAGGAUCGACCGCUGCUAGCGGUACAGCGAGGUCCAAGAGGUCUUCAUUUGUUCAAGGCGCCGGGAUCGGUCGGGUGCUUUUUGACGGAGACGAUGUCGAGAUGCGGGACGCGGGACGACAGGCGGUGGCGGGUGGCGAAGUAAUCCCGGAAGGGUGAUGAACGCUUGUAUUGACAAUCAUUAUAAUACGGCAGACCAUGCAGCUGCUAGAUUAUGAUCGAGCGGAUGGCGGAUCA